GCAAAAAGCCUUUACCAUUCCUUAGUGCUCGACACCAAUCGUAGAAAUAACCUACUAAACGUUUGCAGGAUAAUUAAUGCAUUUUUCAUAGGAAAUGUUAAAAAAUGCCCUCAAAAUUAAGAAUAUUAAAAAAUAUUCCUACUUUACAAAACUUUUAAGAGGUUCCAAGCCUCAAGGGUUUGUUUUUAGUAGGAGUUUUCAUAGAGGUUCAGUAUCAUAUGAGAGCAAAGAGAACAACCAUUUUAUCAUUUUAGAACCCAAGAGAGAAAGGGUUUCUUCCAAAAAACGUCGAGAUGUUCCUUCAGUAACUCAUAAUUUCGUUGAAUCGAUGGCAUCAGAACUUCUUAGAGAACCGGGAAGCGAGGAGUCCGUAACUGAACUACGCCGAGCGCUAGAGUCGUUAAAACCAAAAGAAAAAGAAAUAUCUUUAGCUAGGUUAACCCAGCUUGAAAAAGCUAUAGAUAAAUCAUUCCGGUUACAACAGCUGAGAAAACUCUUCGAAUCCAUAACGCUUAACGGUGUGGGGAAACGAAAUAAAUCCUCAUUAAUCAAAUAUUUUCUACAGGAUCAUUGGAAACUGGAAGUUAAAACUUCAAUUGCGGAUGAUUUGGUACAAGAAUUGGAUCUGCGGGUCAGUCCAGUCGGCAUGUUUUUCUUACUACUGGAUAAAGCAGCUGAUGUCAAAAGUUUAUCAAAAGUACAUGAUUGUCACGUUUUCUUUAACGUUUCAGAUUAUCGUAUUCGCAUACAAGGAAAAAAGAAAGCCGCGGAACAUAUGAAGGAUAAUGUUUUUAAACGCCUGAACCAAAUACAAGUGGCUUCUUUCCAGUUUCCGGAAUAUUUAGUCUCGUUGGUAAAAGAAAACCGAAAGGAAUUUUGCCAAAAAAUCAACGCCUUUCUUGAGCCUCGGAGCAAAACCGAAUUAAAGAUCAGCUGCAUUCUUGAAGAUGGACGAACUUUUGAAGAUGUCGAGAGGAUGUUGUAUGCAUUGGUGAACGGAUAUUUUUGUGGAAAUAGAUUUUAUUCUGUUGUUCCGACGAACAAGAUGAAUAGUACGGUUAGUCUUAGGAACAAUUCUUUUUCUAUGCCGUGGUUUACAAAAAAUAAUAAUGUUUGGAAGAGGUGGAUGAAAGAUAUUGGAUAUUCUUGGAAUACAAGCAUUCAAAGAAGCGAUUCUCUUGAAAACUUUUCUACUCGUCUUCCAACGUUGACAUCUAAAUCUGCAUGUAUGUCUUUUGAUGAUACCCUGAUUACUCCUCUGGUUGCUCAAAAAGAUAACGAAUACGUACCAAUCAGCUCUUUUAUAAAAGAGCAUGAAGGUGAUUUUUUGAUAGAAAAGGAAGUGCAAGAAAAUUUUUUUUCAAAUACGAGUAGUAUGCCUAUUGUUCAUUCCUUGAAAGCAACUUUUGGCCACUCUUUAUUCCAUAGCAAACACUUUUCUUCAAAAGAAAACGAAUUGCAGUCGGUAAGCGUUACAAAUGGUACUGAUGGAAGUGCGCAUAACAUAUUUAUUCCCGGAAUUCCUAACCUCUUGUCGACACUUUUCCAAACAUUAUCUAAAGAAGAUUUGCUUCAAUAUGAAACUUCUUACAUAAAAAAGUUGGUCUUUACUCCAACUACUGAAUCAAAGCACUCAAAUAAUCCCCAUUAUUUGGAAAUGGUGUUCUCGUCUCCCGACAAAGAUAAUGGUUUGGAGAGACAGGAAAAACAUUUGAUUAUGGGAAGCGAUAGGAAAAGUCAGAUUCUUUUGCCGACGCACUUUGUUGACCUAUUAAUGAGUUCCUGUAGUCGUCAAAUAAUACCUUGGGAAGACUCGUUUAACGAUUAUGCUACCCGAUGUUUUCCAUACCUAGGUUCGAAACAAUUCCAUAAAUGUCCUAAGCAAUUUCUCUUUUCAUCCUCUCAGGGAGAAAUGCAGCGAGACUUUCAUUUGCAAAGUUAUGAAAAGCGUGAAUGCAAAAAGUUUAAAUGGGGGACUUUAGAGUUAAUGUGUUCCUACGUUAUGUCGCCAUAUUUUACUGGAACAAUUUUGGAAGUAGAAGGUGCUUCUUCUAUGGAAGACUUCUUGAAAAAUCUUUGGAAUCUUGUGAUUCUUUAUCAAGUUCCAAACUAGAGAAAAGCAAAUGGGGCUUGCUUUUUCAGUGAGACGUUAACUGUAAUGGUUGCUGUUCAUAAUUAUGAUAAUAAUUUUUGUGUACAUUAAUUAAGGCUAAG